UGUAUUAUUCAGAGUAUCUAACAACCUUAGACUUCCCUCCAACAAUGGUGGGGACACAUCUUCAUUACCUUCAUGAAAUGGCUGCGAUAUUCAAAGUCCCAACUCUUUGACCACUCCUCAUAAUCAUAAAUACCCCAAACCGUUUCUCCAAACUCCAAUGAUCAAUAAAUUUGAACAAAGUGGAUUGAUAGAGAAUUGAUCAUAUUUUGCAUUUUGAUGGGAAUCUGCUGGAGCUCUGAUGAUCGGAGCCCUCCCACCACAGGGGAGCUCUGCUCUUCAACGCCGGCGACGACAGAUACGACGAUGGCGUCGAGCGGCAGCAGCGGAUUCUGGGGGUCGAGCCCGGCCCAGACUCCGCAGAUGCUGCCGCACCCUAGUUUGAGUAUCUUUACGUUCGCCUAGCUUCGGGCGGCUACUAGAAACUUCCGGAGCGAUACAGUGGUCGGGGAGGGUGGGUUCGGGAAGGUGUAUAAAGGGUGGCUUGACGGUGGUCGCGGUUAAGAAGCUCAAUCCUGAGAGCCUCCAGGGAUUUGAGGAAUGGCAGGUUUGUUUGCACCGAUGUGGGAUAUUAUUUGUUUUCAUUUGUCAAAACUGUCCCUCGAGUCCGUACUUUAAAAAAAACUCCUAUUGGGUUAGUCAUUCAUUUUGUUUCGGUACAGAUAAUAUAUUGUUAGAUCAGUUAACGUACAAUGGUUCCAUUUAAAAAUUUGGUUAUAAGUAGAGUGGGCUAUCGCGUUUAUAUAGUUAUUCUAGUUCUCUCUUGAUUGGAGAUUUGUUUGUUUACAUUUUUCAACAUUGUCCCUCGGAACAAGAACUUUGGAGGGAUUGGACUUUUUAGACGUUAAUAUGUUGUUUGGUCCAUCAUUUUCUUUUUGUUUCAACAAAAUAUAUUGUUGGGCCACUUAAAGUUUCAGUUUAUCAUCGCGACCCACUCUAGUAUCAUGAUAGAAGGCUAUGUGGUUCCUUCUAUAAUACAAUUGAUUACAAGUGGAGUAGGUCAUGACAUAUAUAUAGUUGUUCCGGUUCUCGAUUGAUAGGAUAGAGAGGGAUUGAACUUUUUCUGCUCAAGUAUACUGUUGGAUCAUUCUUUAUUUUUUGUUUCAGCCUUAGGUCAGUUAUUGUUACGAUCCAAGUAGAAGCAUAUUUCCUUCAAAAAUUCAAUAUAAGUGGAGUAUGUCAUGUGCUGUUCCAGUUAUCUUUUAAUCGUAUGUUUGUUUGUUUUCAUUUGCGAUGAUGUGUUGAUUCUAUAUAUGUGUGUGUGUGUGCGGUCGGAGGUGAAUUUUCUCGGGAAACUGUCGCAUCGGAAUCUUGUCAAGCUGUUAGGAUGAUAGAAAUCCAUGGGUCCACAAGAUUUUCUCGGGAAACUGUCGCAUCGGAAUCUUGUCAAGCUGUUAGGAUGAUAGAAAUCCAUGGGUCCACAUCCAUGGGUCCACCCUUCAAGGUGAACCUUGGAGGGGUUGAAUUUUUUUUAAUCGAUUGGACAAUCGGCCCAAUUUUUUUUUUCAUCGGAAAUCCAUGGGUCCUUGAAGGGGUUGAUAUCCAUGGGUCCUUGAAGGGGUUGAAUUUUAUCAUGGGUCCACCCUUCAAGGUGAACCUUGGAGGGGUUGAAUUUUUUUUAAUCGAUUGGACAAUCGGCCCAAUUUUUUUUUCCAUCGGAAAUCCAUGGGUCCACCCUCCAAGGUUCAUUUUUUUUUCCAUCGGAAAUCCAUGGGUCCACCCUUCAAGGUGAAGCUUGGAGGGGUUGAAUUUUUUUUAAUUGAUUGGACAAUCGGCCCAAUUUUUUUUUCCAUCGGUUGGACCACUUGGCCCAAAUUUUUAAGUCCAGAUAUACUGCUGGGUCAGUCAUUUUUUCGGUUUCGGCCCAGAUAUACUGCUGGGUCAGUUAAAUUUGACCCACACUCGGCGACCCGCUCAGAUACUAUGAUAGAAAUCCAUGGGUUCCAUCCUAAAACCAAUUGGUGAUAGGAGGAGGGGCCCAUGAGACUUAUAUACUAGUUUCAGUUUUCUCUUGACACCGAUGUGGGACAGUUAUAUGUUAUAUUUUUAGUUUCAAUUGCCAAUAUAGGAUAGUGUUGGGAUGAGAAAGAACUGCUGCUUGUGUAUGAAUUCAUGCAGAGAGGCAGCCUUGAAAAUCAUCUAUUUGGAAGGGGUGCUGCUGUCCAGCCGCUGCCGUGGGAUACGCGGCUGAUGAUACUGAUCGGAGCAGCCAGAGACCUCGCAUUCUUGCAUGCUUCCGAUAGAAAGGUCAUCUUGCUCGACCAGUCGUACCACGCGAAAUUAUCUGACUUCGGGCUAGCAAGAAUGGGGCCGACCGCGAGCAAGUCCCAUGUUUCGCCACAGCUAAUGGGGACGUACGGCUAUGCUGCCCCGAAAUAUGUUGCCACAGGGCAUCGUCUAUAUGUGAAAAGCGACGUCUAUGGAUUUGGAUUGGUGUUGGUGGAGAUGCUGACCGGGCUACGUGCUCUCGACACCAACCGCCCGGCUAAGCAACAUAAUCGGGUGGAUUGGAUAAAGCCCAGUUUGCAGGAGAGGAGGAAGUUGAAGAGUGUUAAGAUUCACAUUUGGAGGGGCGAUAUCCUUCAAGAUCAGCACUGAAGAUAGCCUAACUUGCUCUCAAUUGUGUUGAGAGUGAGCAAAAAAACCGGCCCUCAAUGCAGGAGAUUGUUGAGACGCUCGAAGAGAUCGAGAUGGUGAGGGAACGGCCCAGGCAACCUCGGGUGCACUCUAGUUAUCGUGCGAAUGAUAGGAGUGUGCCUCAACAGCAACAACAGUAUCGUCACCAAAAUCAACCGAGGAAGGAAGCUAAACGUGCCUAUCCACUCCCACCACGCGCAUAGUUACUCUGCAUGCGCGUGGUGAGAGCGCUCUUAAUUUGUUAUCGAAUUAACCCGAUCAUAAAUAUCAGUAGAAAAUUUAAUUAGCUAGCAAAUGAGCAACAAAAUUGAUUAUUCAACAAAGAAGCAUGAUGUGUGUGAAGUAGAUUUCGAAACUGUUGAUGCGAUACAUAUGUAUAUAGCUCAAAUUGAUAUGUGUGACUGAGCAAAUUGAUUAUAUUUCGAAUACAAAACCAAAUUUUAUCUUUCACGCCAAA